CGCGCUGGAGUCAGUCGGGCGGAGUCGUGAUUAUAGGCUGCAGGAGCCACGUUUCCAAGUUAGAGAAAUAGUACUAAACUUCAUUUCGGACCCGAAUUUAUUCAACCGUAGACUAGUAGUUUGCUCAGAAGGAUUGUUGGAAGUGGAUUUUGGUGGAAAUUGGGAUUUAUUUUCGAGCUAACGCGGCUAGUUGCUAACUGCAGUUUUACGGAAAGAGAGAUUUUCAUGGCCCAGCUCUGACGGGACUUCGCUCAAGUUGCCAAAGUUGUGGUAACACUGGCUUAACCUCAUUUCAGACCUCUCACAAAUGGAAACAAUAUUUUUAAAGCACCAUGAGUGUACUUUAGAUCACUGGAGAAUUAGUUUUACCUAAAGGACUGACCACUACAAGUGGACAACUGCAGCAUGAUACCUUUGUAACUGUGUAGUUUUCAGAUAAAUAUAUUUUUGCAUCGUAAAGAAAAAGUUUAGUCAUAUCCCAAGCAGUUUGUGAAAACAUUGCAGGAUUUUGACAAAGGCGCAGAACAAAAUUUGUUCAUAGUAAAAGAUAAGCAAUUCUAAGAUAUCAAGAUGAGCGCAGAAGGAUACCAGUACAGAGCACUGUAUGACUAUAAGAAAGAAAGAGAGGAGGACAUUGACCUGCAUGUCGGCGACAUACUCAUUGUGAGUAAAGGUGCUCUUUUAGCACUUGGUUAUGGCGAAGGUCUGGAGGAAAGGCCGGAGGAGAUAGGCUGGCUGCCUGGUUAUAACGAAAUGACUCAGGAAAAAGGGGACUUCCCUGGUACUUACGUGGAGUUCAUUGGCAAGAAGAAGAUUUCUCCACCAACACCAAAACCACGACCUCCCAGACCUCUGCCGGUUGCACCCGGACCAGCCAAGAGCGACUCGGACUCUGAGCAAGGAGGUCCCAGUGCUUUGCUAGAUCUGACUGAGCAGUUCGCUCUUCCCGAAAUGGCCCCACCCAUGCUGCUUAAACUGCUGGAGGCCAUCGAAAGGAAAGGUCUGGACAACCCGACCCUGUACAGAAAUUUCACUGCUGGAGGUGGACUGGAUGUCCGACAGUGUUUUGAUCUGGAUGGUCCACCGGUGGAUCUGGAGCAGCUAGACCUGCAGACCUUGUGUGAUGGUCUGAGACGCUAUCUGUUGGAUUUGCCCCAGCCUGUCGUUCCCUCUGCAAUCUACACUGAGAUGGUACACAUUGCCCAAGAGGCUCAGGGCACAGAUGAGUGUGCACAGCACCUGCGGAGGGUUGCCAGUUCCUCUGCUCUGCCCCCACAGUACUGGCUGACGCUGCAGUGCCUGCUGAGACACUUUGCGCACGUGUGCCAGGCCUCAGCGGCUAACCUGCUAAAUGCCCAUGCACUUGCCGAGAUCUUCAGCCCUGCACUGUUCCGACAUCAAACGUCCAGCUGUGAGCCCAUCCCAGAGUCCCACAUUAGAGUUAUUGAAGUCCUGGUGACCAGCGAAUGGAGCAGCAGCCAGGCAGCUCCAGCACUACCUCCAAAACCACCCAAGCCGACCCCUGUCACUAACAACGGUAUGAACAACAACAUGGCUCUGCAAGAUGCUGAAUGGUACUGGGGUGACAUUUCAAGGGAGGAGGUCAACGAGAAGCUGAGAGACACAGCUGACGGAACGUUUUUAGUUCGAGAUGCCUCCACUAAAAUGCACGGCGACUACACACUUACUUUAAGAAAAGGAGGUAACAACAAGCUGAUCAAAAUAUUUCAUCACGAUGGGAAAUAUGGUUUCUCAGAUCCUUUGACUUUUAACUCGGUGGUCGAGCUGAUUAAUCACUACCGGCACGAAUCGCUUGCACAGUACAACCCCAAACUAGAUGUGAAACUGCUGUAUCCUGUGUCUAAGCACCAGCAGGAUCAGGUAGUAAAAGAGGACAACGUCGAAGCUGUGGGCAAGAAAUUGCACGAAUACCAUUUGCAGUACCAAGAGAAAAACAGGGAAUAUGACCGACUGUACGAGGAGUACACCAGAACGUCUCAGGAGAUCCAGAUGAAAAGGACAGCUAUCGAAGCCUUCAACGAGACCAUCAAGAUCUUUGAGGAGCAGUGUCAAACUCAGGAGCGCUACAGCAAAGAGUACAUCGAGAAGUUCAGAAGAGAGGGCAAUGAAAAAGAGAUCCAGAGGAUCAUGGGAAACUAUGAGAAGCUGAAGUCCAGGAUCAGCGAGAUCGUGGACAGCAAACGUCGUCUGGAGGAAGACUUGAAGAAGCAGGCAGCCGACUACAGAGAGAUCGACAAGAAGAUGAACAGCAUAAAGCCCGACCUCAUCCAGCUCAGGAAGACCAGGGAUCAGUAUCUCCUUUGGUUGACACAAAAGGGCGUCAGGCAAAAGAAGCUCAACGAGUGGCUGGGAAUAAAAAACGAAAACCAGGAAGAUCAAUACUCGAUGGUGGAGGAUGACGAGGACCUGCCACAUCACGACGAGCGCGCCUGGAAACUGGGCAACAUUAACCGCACCCAGGCUGAAGCUGUACUGCGUGGCAAAAGAAACGGAACAUUCCUGGUCCGAGAGAGCAGCAAACCGGGCUGCUACGCCUGCAGUGUCGUCGUGGAUAACGAGGUCAAGCACUGCGUCAUCAACAAAACUCCCACAGGCUUCGGCUUCGCGGAGCCCUACAACUUGUACGGCUCCCUGAAAGAACUCGUCUUGCACUACCAGCACACAUCCCUGGUUCAGCACAAUGACUCUCUGAAUGUCACAUUAGCGUACCCAGUGUACGCACACCAGAGGCGGUGAGGACCGGACAACGAACCUCAAUGGGACACUCUUGACAGACGGAAGCUUAGAAGAAGGUCUCGGCUCCUGCAGCAGCGCCUCCACUUUGGUUUCAGGAUAGACGGCUGGCUUUCACCCAUGGCUGGCGGACAAAACUCAACCUAAAAGGGGAGUUUUAACUGGUGACCAGUCCAGAAUCUUGAAUGUUGGUUUUUUUUGGCAGUCAAGAGGAGGACAAAAUAUCUUCUAAUAUCUCUCUCACAAAAUGAAGGACUUCUGGAGGCCUUUCGUAAUCGGUGCUUGUUCAUUUCAAAGCUUUUUACCUGCUGCUGAAAUGUGACUAUGAGAACCUCUGGGGUGCAUCUUUUUCACGCUACUCGGAGCGCAAACACGCGCGUACACGAGCGAGAGAAGUGGAUGUGUUCGCGGGCAUAAUGUGACCAAAACUCACAGUAUAUUAAAGCUAUUCGUCCAUGGGGCGUUCAAGGUGACGACAUGAGGAAGGAAACCUUCAUGAACAUGAACAGACCAUGGAAUCAGCUGAUCAAUGUAGCAAGAUAGCACUUUCAAAUCAGUAUAUUUUCUUUUCCUUUAUAGAGGACUUCAAAACUGAACUAGUGAACGUCAAAUCUCGAACGAGCAAAACAAAGAGGACGACAGGAUGCGUGGCAUUUACUUUUGUAAGCAUUACAGAGACGACUUCUCUCUCUCUCACGGACAAGCAAGGCAAAGCGAAAGGACCCUAGACGGACUUACACGCUGUACAUAAGGAGAUAUUCAAAACGAUGAAACGAUGAAUAUUGUACCAAAAUUAGCGCUCGGUUCUUUCUGUUGUAUUCUAAUGUGCUAUGCAAGAUUUGUUCUUCAUGCCAGAGUUGUGAUUUUUUUUAUUUUACAUGUUGCUAUCCAUAAUAUAAACUUUCUUUUGGUUUUUAAAGCUUGAAGUCUUUUUUAUGUUAGUAAACGGAUGUUAAGAAUCAAAGAUGACUUCAGUUUUACAACAAAUGAUAAAGUACUUUAUUAUUACAAAUCUCUAUUUACAGCUAAUAAGAUUAAACGAGUAUUUUUCACGUUCAGCUCAUUUUGUCUAGGCAGAGCCUGUAGGACAGUAGUGCUGCUUUUUUUUUCAGUAGUUCCGGUAAUAUAUCUGAACGUUUGAUCAGUUUAAAGUCUUCACAUCUUUUCAGUCUAAUGAAUUUUUGUUAAGCCAUUGUGUUUGUGGUACAUGUUCCACAAAUGUGGAAUAAGGCAAGUCCGAGACUAUACUGUCAUAUUCAAGUGGUACAAACGCCACCCCACGUUCCUUAUCCAUGAUGUUUUUCUGUAUCAGAAAAAUGUACUAGUGUUUACAUGAGUGAGUCAUUUUGUUAUUUUGAAUUGCACCUAUAUUCUGGUUUCACUUAAUUCUAAUAAAUGGUAGCCUUACCAUUUCAAAGAAACUCAAGUUACUUUCAUUUGUAACUGCCAGCUCGGUGGCCACAAUUCAUCGCUGUCGUUCGAUUUCUCAAGCUUUAUGACUGGUGAAGUCUGUUUGCCAUAAGGAUUUGCCUCCAGCUUGAAUCGUGUCUAUAUUGCAGUUAUGCAUCCAAUGAUAUUUUGCAUAAAUAAACACCAUUGUGACACCAA